AUGAGGAGGAAGAGCGGCGGGGCGGGGCGGGCGGCGGUGGCGGCGGUCAAGGGCCGCAGGCCAUCUGAGGCAGGCGAUCGAUACCUAGCAGUAGAGCCGAGACAGGCCGGCACGCCAUCAGGUUUGGCUAACGCCGGCGCCGUCGGCGAUAGCGCUGCGGCCUGGGACGCAGUGGUGCCGGAAGCCAACGACCUAGUCCGGAACAGCAGACGGUUGCGCAGGCGGCACUUCUUGACUUGGUGGAGCGGGUCCUCGGACACAGUCCCCCUGCUGCCCAUCAUCCCUGGUUCUAAUAAGCAUCCUGUUGCCCUGUCACCCUGUGCCCCUCCGCCGACUGUGCCGUCAGACGGAACAUACCGCCGCGACCCUAGCUGGUUUCCACCCAGCUCGCCCCGUCGUUAUUCGCACGAGGUGAGGCUCCGGGAACGGGGGAAUCGUAUUCUCGCCGCUCAACGUGAGCCCAAGUGGCCGCGCAACAACCCAGCUGUCCAGACAGGCUUUGUCAGACGCCUGGCCGCCACGAGAGCGGUGGGGCCCGCGUCAGAUACUGGCAGGGCUAUCACUGGGCGAAGGCCAUACCAGGGCGGCAGUCGAACAGCACAAGGGAGCCGCGUGAGAGAGGCGAAAACCCGCAGCAUAACCUCGUCGCGCUCGGUCCCUCACCAACCCGGACAGCAAGGGUUUACGCAAGCCAAUGUUGGCAGAAAGCAGGGUGAGAUGGACGGCUAUGGUGAUGCAAGGCAUCGGAAGCAAAUAGGGAGCCAGGUGCGAAGUAGGGUAAACCAAGACAUCCAAUUUGCCCCGACUACGCCCGUGAGACGUGGCCGGUAUGCUUUGGCCGGCGGUGCCAGCUGCCGCCGAUCCGUGAUAGCUGUGCCCGACAACGACAGGCCGAAGACGUGCAGGGCCGAGCGUUCACGAGACCUGCGGGCUUAG